AUGGUUGUUCGGGAAACCAAGUACCGAUCGUCAUCUCAGCAAUAUCUCGACGCGCCUCCAUCGACGUGUAGUCUUCCAAGUCAUCAUCAGCAGACACUUUCACAGCAACAUCUUGAUACACCAUUAUCAUCGACAGACAACCCAUCAGCAGGCAAAGGCGGAGGUGUUGGCCUGUACAUAAAAUGCGGUUUAAAUUUUAAAUUGCGUGACGACGUCCAUACUAAUAUUGACAACAAUGAAGGCGAAUCCGACUUUUUAUGUGUUGAAAUAUUACUUGAUUCAACAAUGAAAAACAUCAUUUUGCUAGUGAUAUACAAGCACUCGUCAUCGGCUAGUUUAGAUUUGUAUAACCUUCUUAUCUCCAACAACUUUUAUCAACUCCUCACGAUUCCAACUCGAAUUUCUUGUGAUAAAUCAUCUCUUUUAGACCUCUUGAUAACUAACUACCCAGAUAAAAUUAAAUGUUGUAGUACAGCUUACAAUGAUUUAUCUGAUUAUCUAAUGAAAUUUUUUCAGUAUAAUUACCAGACAACCGCGAGCGAAAAAUUCAACCCGAUUAAUUUUAAAAUAUCUUAUUCAACAAGUAGAAUAAAUAAACUCAAUGGUUACUUGAGCAUGACCGAUUGGACAGACCUGUUUAACUGUGAUGAUCCUAAUCGGGGAUUUGAAUUAUUUUUUAACAUUUAUAAUCAAGCAUUUGAAUCAUGUUGCCAUAUAGUUAGUAAGAAAAAACUUGCCACAUUGAAUAAACAACAACCAUGGAUGACUGCCGCACUCAAAAACUAA